CAUGAUGUUCAUCAAUUCAUUCCAAAAUUCUUAGAGAUAAGAAAGAGAUAAAGAAAAAGAGGAUCAGAUCAAUGGCUUUGGAUUGUGAAGUUAAAUCAUCGGUGCCGGCGCCGGCAGGGAGGAACGGUUGUUGCAAGAAGGUCGGCGGCGGCCCAGGUUAUGGGUCUCCUCUGGCAGCCAUGUCUGGACCAAAAGAAUCUAUAGUCUAUGUUACCUGCGUUUACACAGGAACGGGAAGGGAAAAGCCUGAUUAUUUGUCAACCAUAGAUGUGGAUCCAAGUUCAGAAACUUAUUCAAAAAUCAUUCACAGGCUUCGUAUGCCUCAUAUAGGAGAUGAAUUACAUCAUUCUGGAUGGAAUGCUUGUAGUUCUUGCUAUCAAGAUUCUGGAGCAUCUCGUCGUUUCCUUGUCCUGCCUUCUCUAGUAUCUGGUAGGAUUUAUGCAAUUGAUACCUUGAAAGAUCCAAGAGCGCCAAUUCUGCAUAAAGCGGUUGAGCCUGAAGAUAUAAUAUCCAAGACUGGAUUAGCUUAUCCACAUACUGCCCAUUGUCUUGCUUCUGGUGAUAUAUUGGUUUCUUGUUUGGGUGAUAAGAAUGGGAAUGCGAAAGGAAAUGGGUUUCUUCUUCUUGAUUCAGAUUUCAAUGUUAAAGGAAGAUGGGAGAAAGAAGGACACAGUCCUUUGUUUGGAUAUGAUUUCUGGUAUCAACCUAGGCAUAAUACCAUGAUCAGUACUUCUUGGGGAGCUCCACUUGCUUUUACAAAAGGGUUUGAUCUUCAGCAUGUUGCAGAUGGUCUUUAUGGACAGCAUUUGCAUGUUUAUAGCUGGCCUGGUGGUGAAUUGAAGCAGACACUUGAUCUUGGCUCUACAGGACUUAUACCUCUCGAAAUCAGGUUCUUGCAUGAUCCAUCGAAAGAUACUGGAUAUGUAGGAUGUGCUUUGUCGAGCACCAUGGUGCGGUUUUUCAAGAAUCAAGAUGAAUCUUGGAGCCAUGAAGUUGUGGUAUCUGUUGAGGCAUUGAAGGUGGAAAACUGGAUUCUUCCUACAAUGCCAGGGCUGAUCACAGAUUUCCUUAUAGCACUUGAUGAUCGAUUCCUCUAUAUUUCAAAUUGGCUUCACGGAGAUAUAAGACAAUAUAACAUCGAGGAUCCUAAGAAACCUAUUCUCGCCGGCCAAGUAUGGGUGGGCGGGCUCAUUCAGAAAGGUAGUCCCGUCUCAGCUAUAGCUGAAGACGGGACCACCUACCAAAUAGAUGUUCCAGAAAUUAAGGGGACGAGAUUGAGAGGAGGGCCACAGAUGAUACAAUUGAGCUUGGAUGGGAAGCGGUUAUAUGUAACGAACUCUCUGUUUAGUUCUUGGGACAAGCAGUUUUAUCCCGAGCUUUUGGAGAAGGGUUCACACAUGUUACAAAUCGAUGUCGACACUGAGAAAGGUGGCAUGGCGAUAAACCCGAACUUCUUUGUGGACUUUGAGACUGAACCGGAUGGCCCGGCGUUAGCCCAUGAGACGAGGUAUCCGGGUGGUGAUUGUACUUCAGAUAUAUGGAUUUGAGUAUCACAACUAAAUUUUAUGGAUUUGGAAUAAUGUUGUGGAGGGAGCUGUUACUUUAAUUCAUAAAUUGUCUAACUUAUAAGACUAAAAGUGGAUUGAAUAAUAUAUAUAGUGUAUCCUUUUAUUAUUAUU